AUGCGUACUUGUAUUCUUGCCAUUGUUGCUGCUUUCGUUGCUGCUGCUUCUGCUAAGGCUUUACCUACUGUAAUCAACCGCCCUACUGUCCUCCCUGGUGAAGCUCCUCAUCGCACUUUGGGUACAGUUAUCAAUCAUCCUACUGUCCUUCCUGGUGAAGCUCCCCACCACACCUUAGGUACAGUUAUCAACCAUCCUACAGUUCUGCCCGGUGAAGCCCCUCACCACACCUUAGGUACAGUUAUCAACCAUCCUACAAUUCUGCCCGGUGAAGCCCCUCACCACACCUUAGGUACAGUUAUUAACCGUCCUACCGUCCUUCCUGCUCAUUUAUCAAUGAGUAUUGUUGAUGCUGUUUUUCUCUUGUUGAAACAGCGUAGAGACAGAGCAAAACCUUUGUUUCCUACUAAAAAUAAGGCUUCCAUAUAA